AUGGACGUUAUAUCUCCUCAAGUCAUGUGGAUCGGUACACGGUGUUAUCGUGUCAAUCAAACAAAAGCGAUAGCGCACAACGAGACUCUCAAGCAAACACAAACAUAUGUGGAAGAAGAUACGUAUGGCGAGGACGAUCGUGAAGAGGAAUAUGCUAUCGAAGUAACCAACAAUGGCAAAUAUCAAACUUCAUUCCAUGUUCCCCCGGCAUUCUAUGCGAUGAUCAUUGGCGCGAAAGGACAAACCCGCCAAAGAUUGGAAGCCGAAACGAAGGCCCAGAUACGUGUGCCCAAACAAGGAGUUACGGGUGACAUAGUGGUUACAGCCGCUUCGAGAAAAUCGGUAGCCAUUGCACGAUCGCGAAUCGAACUGAUCGUAAUAGGGGCACGAAACAAACAACAAUUUACCCAUUUCCUUUCGGUGCCAUUAAACAUACCGGAGGUGAUUAAGCGGUUCCUUGAUUUUCGACAUAAAAUCGUCAACAAGCUGCCCCGCGCGUUCAGCGUUGAUGAGUCUCUUUUUCAACAGCCAGAUAAAUUGCACAUAACCCUAUGCACGAUGAGUCUGAUGGACAACGAGGAUAGAGCCAAUGCAGCACAAAUACUAUUGGAUUGUCAAGAAUCUAUAAUAAGCCCAAUACUCCAAAAAAACGGUUCGCUAGAGAUUCGAAUCCGAGGGUUGGAGUACAUGAACGAUGAUCCUCAUAGUGUAGAUGUGCUUUAUGCCAAAAUAGAAUCACCGGUUUUGCAAGCAGCUGCUAAUCAAAUUUACGAAUAUUUCGUAUCGAAGGGUUUAAUGCAGAGGAAGUACGAACAGGUGAAACUACAUGUCACGUUAAUUAAUUCAAUGUUCCGGGUAUCUCAGACAGAAGUCGUCAACGAGAAAGAAGCAGAACGGAAACGUAUGACGUUCGAUGCGAGUGAAAUACUGCGACUGUAUGGAAAUUUUGAUUUUGGUAGUUUGGUACUGAAUGAAGUUCACCUUUCUCAACGUUUUUCCACUUCCUGUACCGGUUACUACGAAGCAACGGCUGUUAUGAAAUUGAGGAAUGAAUAA